UGUGAUGUUCCCUCCACCACUUCACCUACCUCUCUACAAUAACAUCUCUCCCAAGAACUCCCUGCUACUAUUCCUCCAUUCCUUCUCCUCACUCACCCGUGCCUCCGCCUCCCACUACGUUUCCAGAAUCACAAGAACUCGCUCGCCCUGCAGCAGCAGCUGCUUUGGAGCCAAAGGCGCAGCCUUUGACCCGACACUCGCCACCGUCGCCACGGCCAUGGCCGCCGCCGAAGCCUUCGACCCAGCGGCGCCGUCCCCCGCCCCGGCCACGCGGCAGGAUGUCCAGGACGCCAUCGCCAAGUCCGUCGAGCUGCGCCAGCUCCACGCCGCCCUCCUCCAGCACGGCGCGCCCAAUGCCCGCGCCAGCCGCAGCCCGGCCGUCAUCCGCCUCCCGCCGGCAGCGUCUCCUGCGCGCUCCAGGAUGGCGGACGAGGAGUACCCCGUGUUUACGCCGGCCUACGAUGGCGAGGAGCACGUGGCCGUGGCUGGACUGAACCACAUUUGCCAGGACGACAGGAGCUGGUCGGAGAACUGGGCCGGCAUCGCCCUGGACCCCGGCAGCAGCGACGCUGCCUUGUCAAACUACGAUGGCCUCAAAGCCUUCUCUUCCUCGAACAGCGAGGUCCUCUUCCCUUCCUCCAACGACCACCGUCUCCGGAACAGAGGCGCGGUGUACAAGAUCCACCCAGCCUUCCUGCACUGGGCGCAGUCGACCGACCGUUUCCUCCCGUCCGCCGGUCGGGCGGCGGCCUACACGUCGGAGCUCAAGCUGCCGCCGGCGACGUGUAACAACACAUUCCGGCCGGCCAAGAUCAGCAGCAGCACGGUGCCACCGCCGUCGGUGCACUCCCGGACGAAGCACAGAGGGCCGCAGAUCCUUUCCUGGAUCUUCCCCAAGUCGAGGAAGAAAGCCAAGCCGCCGGAGAUGAUGUCGCCGGCCGCCAUCGAGUGCGAGAACAUGUCGCGGCUUCUGACGGAAUGGGGGGCGCUGUCUCUCGACUCCCUCAAGAAAGAGCUCGCUGAGGCCAACGCGCACCGGGACGCCGCGCUGCGCGAAGCUGCCGAGGUGAGGUCGUCGCUGGGUGAGCUGGCCACCAAGCUGGUGAGCUUGGAAGCGUACUGCUCGGAGCUCAAGAAGGCACUGCGGCAAGCGACCAACUCGCCGUCCGUCUCCCGGAGAUCGACGAGAUCAAUCGACGCAAACCGAGAGCUCCCGAUGCCGGUCAGCCACGACGUAAUGGUGGAAGGGUUUUUGCAGAUCGCGUCGGAGGCCCGGCUCUCGGUGAAGCAGCUCUGCAAGGCGCUGAUCCAGCAGGUGGAGGAAGAAGCGGACGACGAUCUGUCCGACAAGCUGAAUCUGCUCCUCCGGCCGUACCAGCUCGCGCUCACCGGCGGCAAGCAGCACUGCUCGAAGGCCGUGCUGUACCAUCUCGAGGCGAUCAUGAACCAGGCCAUGUACCAGGACUUCGAGAACUGCGCGUUCCAGCGGAACGGGUCCCCGAGGUGCCUCGACCUCGCGGAGGACAGCCGGCAGAGCUUCGCCGCGUUCGUCGCGCUGCGCAACCUGAGCUGGAACGAGGUACUGAAGAAGGGCACCAAGUACUACAGCGAGGACUUCAGCCGGUUCUGCGACCGGAAGAUGAGCGGCGUCGUGGCCAUGCUGGGGUGGUCGCGGCCGUGGCCCGAGCAGCUGCUGCAGUGCUUCUUCGUCCCCGCCAAGUGCGUCUGGCUGCUCCACCUGCUGUCGUUCUCCUUCGGCCCGCCGCUGACGAUCCUGCGCAUCGAAUAUGGCCGUGCAUUUGAUCAAAUGUACAUGGAAGACAUCCUGCUAGACAGGCAACAGGUGCAGAGUCCUUGUCAAGUGAAGAUCAUGGUGAUGCCGGGGUUCUACGUACAAGAUAGAGUGCUUAAGUGCAGGGUCCUCACAACUAGAUCAGCAGCAUAAUUGUGCCUCAUGUCUUAGCUUUCUUUGACCGAUAACUAGUGGUUUUGUAACAAUUUUUUCUUAUGUUCAGUUCAUAGGUACAGAAAUGUUGAACCGUAUG